AUGCAAUUCUUGAUUUACCUUGUUAUGUUUUUUCUACUCUUAAAUGGUUUCGCAACCGCACAAUCUUUGAUUCAAGAUUCUUGCAAGAAAGCUGCCAAUCUAAGCCGGAAUUUCAACUAUGAUUUCUGCGUCAAGUCUCUUGAAGGGAAUCCACAGUGCAAAACCGCAGAAAGUCUCGAUGGAUUGGUUCUUCCAUCAACGAAUAUGGCUGUCUUAAAAAUAACAAGCUUGAAAGGAAUUGCUGAAAAAAUUAUCAAGGAGAAGAGAUAUGAAAAGGACAGUGAGAAACCAUUCCGUGAUUGUCUCGAGCUUUAUUCAGAUGCUCAAAAUUCUUUAAAGGAAGCUUUAAUGAUCGUUAAAUCGCACGAUUACAAAAGCGCUAAUGUGGUUAUAAGUGCUGCAAUGGGUGCACCGACCAGUUGCGAAACCGGAUUCAAAGAAAAAAAAAGAUAUCAGAAAUCUCCGUUUACCAAAGAUAACGAUGUUUUGUUUCAGAUGAUUUUGAUUCCUUUAGCUUUUACAAAUAUGUUGAAAUGA